AUGAAAGUAAAGUAUUGGACUUGUCAUUCAGAUGGCUGUGUAGCUAAUGUUCACAGAGACAAAAAUGACCAUUUCAUUAAAUCUAAUGGUCAGCAUCAUCAUAUACCUGAACCUGAACAAAUUGAACUUAGAAAUUUAAAAGGAAAAGUCAAAGAAAGAUUAAAAACUGAAACAAGUUCUAUAACUAAGAUAUACGAAGAAGAAUUAGCUCGUUCUAAUCUUUCUUCUACCACUUUAACAAUUGCAUUUACUGCUGCUGAAGGAAAAUCUGGUCUCAAUCGUGUUCGCCGAAAAACAACUCCCCCCCCCAUACCAACAUCAGCACAAUCUGAUAUUCCUGAAUUUUAUUCUCAAACUCUUGAUGGUACAAAAUUCAAUGAACAAUCGAAAGCUCAAUUAUCAGCUUUCUAUAUAAAAGCAGCUGAAGAACAACAAGAUAAUUGUAAAAAAAAGUAUGAUGACGAUGUCAAAAAAAUGUGGUCUGAUCGUCUUGCAUCAGUUGAUAAAGAAAAACUACUAUUACUAAUGAUUGAUCUUAUUAAUGAACGUUGUAAGAAAAUUGGUGAACGUAUACAAUCUAUCUAUAAAUUUCAAAUAAAUUUAAAAAAUAAGUUAAUUCUGAUUUUCAACAUAGAUAUACACGAGAGCUAUGUUCAAAAUAAUGGCCAGCUUGCAAAUCAAGGACAACGACGGCAAAAAUGUCAUGGUAAACGAAAAGGUCAACGUUUUCGAAAAAAAUAUCGUGCAAGAGACAUGAAGCCGGAAAAUAUAGAAAAAUUACUUCAAAUAAAAAAGAAAAUCCAUAAUAACAAGAAGAAUCAGAUUAAUAGCACGGUAAGAACUACCACUAAUGAUAAUAUAGCAUUAACAACGACAACAACAAUAGUGAAGAAUGUAUCUAUUGGUAAAAAAGAUCUAUCAGCACAAACUAAGUCGACAACGAAUCUUAAUAAACGUAAACGAGAUAUAUCGUUACAACAAUUGAAUUUGAAUUCAACGAUAUCAAAAUCAAUCAGUUCAAUAUCGAUUAUAUAA